AUGGGGGACGACGCGGAGACCGAGAAGAAAUUCGCUGAGGCCGAGAUUGUGCCGAACAUCAUACCGGAAGCACCGAAAAGACUACUGAAGGUGAACUAUGAGGGUACAGAGCUGGUGCCGGGAGUCACAUUGAAGACGAGCAUGGUACGCUUUGCGCCUAGAAUCACGUUUGAAGCUGAUCCGGAAGCUAUGUACACGCUGGUCAUGAUAGAUCCGGACAAUCUGAGUAGAAAAAAUCCUUCAGUCGCAGAGUGGCUGCAUUGGCUUGUGGUCAACAUUCCAGCCAGCAAUCUGUUGGAUGGCAUUAUGGGCGGUCAAGUGCUCAUGGCGUACGGUAGCCCUGGACCACAACCACGAACUGAUCUGCACCGCUACAUUAUUCUAUUAUAUGAGCACGCUGGCAAGAGAAUUUCGCAGCCACCACCAUCACAGCGAGCAAAGUUUAAGGUGAAACUGUUCCAAGAAAAGCACGGCCUCGGAUGUCCAAUUGCUGGCAACUUUUUUCUGGCAAAAAAUGAGUCUGGUUAG